UGACAAUCUCAAUUUCACUCCAUCUCGUCUAACUCAUUCAAGCAUAAGAAACCUAACUUUUAAUGUUCCUUUAGAUUUGCCUAUAAAUACACGUAUGCCUACACUUCUCCAAUUCCAAUACAAAUCAACACAAAGACAAGAAUCACAAACAUCAAUACAUUCUCAACCUACUCCCAAAAAACGACACGCAUUGCUUUUCCCAAAAAGCCAUUUGAUCUCUACCAACCUCAAUGGCCCGUUGUUGCAAACUUCUUACCGGUUUCUUAUUGUGGGCUCUUCUGAUGCUCGCAUGGUGCGAAGCUUCAAGAAGCAGCCUUAAUGGAUAUGACCAUUCUAAUGGAAGGUUAAAAACCGAUAGCUUAAUUAAGCGUGGACAUGAUAUCACGCAUUUGAAAAGCUACGUAAGAGCCUCUUCAAGGCCUGUAGCCACCGUUAGUGUUUCUGAGUUUGGAGCUAGAGGAGAUGGAAAAACUGACGACACGCAGGCGUUCCUAACUGCGUGGAAGAAAGCAUGUUCUUCGAAUGGAGCUGUUAAUCUCUUAGUUCCCGAAGAGAAAACGUAUCUCCUUAAGUCUAUUCGAUUAACUGGUCCAUGCAAAUCAAUUCUUACCGUUCAGAUAUUUGGGACGUUAUCGGCAUCUCAAAAACGAUCGGAUUACAAAGAUAUCAGCAAAUGGAUUACGUUUGACGGCGUUAACAGUCUAUCAGUAGAUGGCGGCGCCACCGGAACUGUCAACGGAAACGGCGAAACAUGGUGGCAAAACUCAUGCAAACGUAACGAAGCUAAGCAAUGCACAAAAGCCCCAACGGCUCUUACUUUCUACAACUCGAAGAACUUGAGAGUGAAUAAUCUGAGGGUGAAAAAUGCUCAACAGAUUCAGAUUUCGAUUGAGAGAUGCUCCAACGUUCAGGUCUCAAACGUUGAGGUAACUGCGCCUGCAGAUAGUCCUAACACCGAUGGUAUUCAUAUCACUAACACCCAAAACAUUCAAGUCUCCAAAUCCAUCAUUGGAACAGGAGAUGAUUGUAUAUCUAUUGAAAGCGGAUCACAAAAUGUUAAAAUCAAUGAUGUAACUUGCGGCCCCGGUCACGGUAUCAGCAUUGGGAGCUUAGGAGAUGACAAUUCAAAAGCAUUUGUCUCAGGCAUUACUAUAGAUGGUGCUAAGCUAUCCGGUACAGAAAAUGGAGUUCGAAUCAAAACCUAUCAGGGAGGGUCAGGAACUGCUAGCAACAUUAUAUUUCAGAACAUUCAGAUGGAGAAUGUGAAGAAUCCAAUCAUAAUAGACCAAAACUACUGCGACGAAAGCAAAUGCACAGAACAGAAAUCCGCGGUCCAAGUGAAGAACGUAGUAUACCGAAACAUAAGCGGCACGAGCGCAUCGGACAUGGCAAUAACCUUUAAUUGCAGCAAGAACUAUCCAUGCCAAGGAAUUGUGCUUGACAAAACUUUGACAAUGGCGGAACGUGGUGGAGAACGUGGUGUAGAGCGUGGUGGAGAGCGUGGUGGUUUCGCGCGUGGAUUCGGAGGCCGUGGUGGCGGAAGAGGUGGUCCUAGAGGCCGUGGUGGUCGACGUGGAGGUCGUGGUGCCGCGGAGGAGGAGAAAUGGGUUCCAGUGACCAAGCUUGGUCGUCUCGUGAAGGACAAUAAAAUCCAGAAGAUCGAGCAGAUCUAUCUUCACUCACUUCCGGUUAAGGAGUACCAGAUCAUUGAUCUCCUCAUUGGCCCUUCGUUGAAGGAUGAGGUGAUGAAAAUCAUGCCGGUUCAGAAACAGACCAGGGCCGGUCAGAGGACGAGGUUCAAGGCCUUUGUUGUCGUCGGAGACGGGAACGGUCACGUCGGAUUGGGAGUGAAGUGCUCUAAGGAGGUCGCUACGGCCAUCAGAGGAGGGAUUAUCCUCGCGAAGCUCUCUGUGAUCCCAGUGAGAAGAGGUUACUGGGGUAACAAGAUCGGGAAGCCACAUACGGUUCCUUGCAAGGUUACCGGAAAGUGUGGAUCCGUCACCGUGAGGAUGGUUCCUGCUCCUAGAGGUGCGGGUAUUGUGGCGGCUAGGGUUCCUAAGAAGGUUCUUCAGUUCGCUGGAAUUGAUGAUGUUUUCACUUCCUCCAGGGGAUCCACCAAAACUCUCGGAAACUUCGUCAAGGCUACAUUCGACUGCCUUCAAAAGACUUACGGAUUCCUCACACCAGAAUUCUGGAAAGAGACGAGAUUUUCCAAGUCCCCAUACCAAGAGUUCACUGAUGAAUUGGCUUCCAAGGCUACUACGAGCACCAAGGUCCUCGCUGAGGCUGAAGAACAAGCCUAGAUAAUGCCCCACCUUUGUUUUCCUUUUGGAUUAUCCUUUAUGAGUUGAUUUUGGUCGAACCUUUGGUAGUAUAUGUUGCUGGACUGAAUCCUUUGUUUUCGUUUCUUAUGAACGGUUUAUUUUUGCUAAGUUUAAUCAUGAAUGGUGGUAAUGUUUUGACCAAAGGGAAAUCCAGUUUUUUUUCUUGUGCCAAUCUAAUUUUUCAUCAGUUUUUCUUUUCUACCUUUUCUAACGUUAUUGGGGUUAACAAUGUUUCAUUUAUGAACCAAAAUGGUCAAUAAUAGUG